AUGGCUGCAGCCAGCGGCGAGGGGACAGCAGGGACCCGGCUGCUGCCAGCUGGCACUGCCCUGGCCCUGCUCGGUGGCCUGGUCUACCUGGGCACCCUGUGUGCUGCCUGCAAACGGAAGGGCAGGAAGAAGGUCGCUCCGGACGGGGUGAAGCUCGUGGAGGAGGCCCUGCUCUGCCAGACACAGCUGCGCUCACUCAGCAAGUCGGACACGAAGCUGCACGAGCUGUACCGGGUGAAGGUCAGGGACGUCCAGCGUCCGGCCAGCCUGGAUCUCCCCGGUCCCGUGGCCCCUGGGGGUGAAUCCCUGCACAGCUCUGGCCUCCUGCACCGUGAGCUGCCCCAGAUCCCCGUCCCUGAGCCCCCGGCCACCUCCCCAGCCCCCGACCAGACCUACUCCAACCUGCUCUUCACCCCGCUGCGCAAACCGGCGCCAGACGCCGUCUAUGAGUGCCUGGCAGUGGGGGAGGAGGGCACCCCCGUGUCCCCCAGUGUCACCCCGGUGCCCCCCAUGCCAGCUGGCACCCAGGUGUCCCCUCCACGGGCUGGGCACGGCGCAGCUGAUUACGCCUGUGUCCAUAAAGUGAAGAAGGUGGUGUCGGUGGAGGUGCAGGACGGGGCUGUGGCAGGACCCUCAGGAGCACAGCACGGCUGGGAUGGCACAGGCAGUGCCCCUCAUGCCAAGCUGGAGGAGAUGUACUCGACGGUGUGCAAAGCCACCAAGAAGAAAUCCCAGGUCCCCGCAUCAACCCCGAGGGCUGUGAAGGAGGGGGGGUCUGGGGGGCCGCCCCUCUGCCAGCAGGAGGGGGCUCCAGCAGCCCCAGGCCCCCCUGACCCCUGUUACGAGUCCAUCAACGACAGAGCAUGGACUGCCCAGGCCCGUGGCCCCGAGCCUGACUACGAGGCUGUGGACAUUCACUGGAAGAAGGCAGCAAAAGGGGCCAAGCCAGGGAAGGGCUGUGUGCCUGAGAACCUCUACGAGAGCGUGGUGGAUGUCUGGGCAGGGGGGUCCCAGAAAGGCUCUGCCCGCACAGCAGCCAACGGGCUGCAGGUUUACAUCACCAACCUAUAG